CCGAGUGAAUUAUCCAUCCUCCUGCAGUGUCUCUGCUUGGAAAGCUUAAAGCUUCUCCUGUUGCUCCUUUUUUGGAAACACAAAGUUUCAAGAAUGUCUUCAGAGAAACCACCAGAGCCUUUUAUCGUGUCCUUGGAUGAACAAAAGCCAAACCCGGAGAAGAAAACACAUAAGCUGUUUGGGAAAAAAGGGAACAAGUCAAAAAAAGUGGACACUUUGAAAAAGGAACUAGAAAUUACUGAUCACAAUUUAAGCCUUGACGAACUGGAAAAGAAAUAUAAUGUGGAUAUAAAAACAGGUCUGUCCAGCCAAACUGUAGAGGAAGUCCUUGCUCGAGAUGGCCCCAACAGGCUAUCUCCUCCAAAGGGAACCCCAGAAAUUGUCAAGUUUUUGCUGUUAAUGGCUGGUGGCUUUUCUAUUGUCUUCUGGAUUGGUGCCAUAUUGUGCUUCAUUGCAUAUGGACUCCAGGUUGCCCAGGACCCCACUGUCUCCAAGGAUAAUCUCUGGUUGGCGAUCAUCCUAAUUGCCGUGGUGGUUAUGACAGCAUUAUUUGCCUAUUAUCAGGAGGCCAAAAGCACAAACAUCAUGGCUGGCUUCAAGAACAUGGUUCCCCAGCAAGCUCUGGUUAUGCGGGAUGGCAAGCGGUUGGAAAUUAUAGCAGAGAAUCUGGUCAAUGGAGAUAUUGUGUUCAUUAAAGGAGGAGACAAAAUCCCUGCUGAUCUACGACUGUUGGAGAGUCAGGGGUGUAAGGUCGAUAACUCAUCACUGACAGGGGAGUCAGAGGCCCAGGCCCGAAGUACAGAGUGCACUGAUGAAAACCCUUUGGAAACCAAGAAUUUGGCGUUCUUCUCUACAACCUGCUUGGAGGGAACAGCAUGCGGCAUUGUUAUUAACACUGGAGACCGCACAGUGAUUGGCCGUAUCGCUUCACUGGCUUCACAAGUUGGAAACCAGAAGACGCCAAUCGCUCUGGAGAUCGAACACUUUGUACACAUGAUCAGUGGCCUCGCUGUGGGAGUCGGAGUCCUCUUUUUCAUCAUCUCGAUUUCCAUGGGUUACAGCGCUCUCAAUGCCAUAAUCUUCUGCAUCGGUAUUGUGGUGGCAUAUGUGCCCGAAGGAUUACUGGCCACAGUCACUGUCUGUCUUUCACUCACUGCAAAGCGAAUGGCCAAGAAAAACUGCCUGGUCAAGAAUCUUGAGGCUGUGGAGACUCUUGGGUCCACCUCUGUCAUUUGCUCUGACAAGACUGGUACCUUGACCCAAAACCGUAUGACAGUGGCUCACAUGUGGUUUGACAACAUCAUCCACAAUGCUGACACUUCAGAAGAUCAGACUGGUGAGUUAUUUGAUCAGAGCUCCCCCACCUGGCAGGCACUUUUAAGAAUUGCAACUCUGUGUAAUCGUGCAGAAUUCCUUGCCUCAGCAGAGGAUGUGCCCAUCAGUAAGAGACAAGUAAACGGAGACGCAUCAGAAGCAGCUUUAUUAAAAUUCACAGAACAACUUCAAGGUCAUGUGACGGAGGUCAGAGCAAGAAACCAGAAAGUGUCGGAAAUUCCGUUUAACUCAAGUAACAAAUACCAGGUUUCUAUUCACAUACCAGAAGACCCAGCAGAAAAGGGCUACCUGUUGGUAAUGAAAGGGGCACCCGAACGGAUCCUGGAUCGAUGUAGUACUAUCAUGGUGGCAGGACAGGAAUGGCCUCUAGAUGCAGAAAUGAAAGAAAAUUUCCAGAGUGCAUACAUGAGCCUUGGAAGUCUUGGAGAAAGAGUUUUAGGGUUCUGUCAACUCUUACUGCCCGGUGACAUCUAUAGACCAGGUUACCCAUUUGACACAGACAACGUCAACUUCCCACUAACUGGCAUGUGCUUUGUUGGUCUCAUCUCCAUGAUUGAUCCUCCCCGCUCCAGUGUACCUGAUGCCGUCAUGAAGUGUCGCAGCUCAGGAAUCAAAGUUAUCAUGGUGACUGGAGACCACCCAAUUACAGCAAAAGCAAUUGCACGCAGUGUAGGAAUCAUUUCAAGCACAAGUGAAACAGUUGAAGAUAUUGCAGAGCGACUGGGCAUCCCUGUUGAUCGAGUGAAUCCCAGGGAUGCGUGUGCAUGUGUGGUGAAUGGUGGAGAGAUCAUCGACAUGACCUCAGAUGAACUAGAUGACGUCUUGAGAUAUCAUCAGGAAAUUGUAUUCGCAAGGACAUCGCCACAGCAGAAGCUUCUAAUUGUAGAGGGUUGUCAAAGAUUGGGAGCCAUUGUGGCCGUAACUGGGGAUGGAGUGAACGACUCGCCAGCUCUGAAGAAAGCUGAUAUUGGUGUUGCCAUGGGAAUAGCUGGCUCAGAUGCUGCCAAACACUCCGCAGAUAUGAUUCUGUUGGAUGAUAACUUUGCUUCAAUUGUCACUGGAGUGGAAGAAGGUCGACUGAUAUUUGAUAACCUGAAGAAGUCAAUUUCAUACACCGUGACCAAGAACAUUCCAGAAAUGAUCCCUUUCAUGGUCUAUGUGAUUAUCAGCUGUCCGUUGCCACUGGGAACCAUCACCAUCCUUUUCAUUGAACUGGGCACUGACAUUAUCCCAUCUAUAGCUUUGGCAUAUGAGAAAGCAGAGAAUGAUAUCAUGACAAGAAAACCACGCAACCCACGCAAAGAUCGACUCGUGAACAUGCAGUUGCUGUCAUAUUCCUAUUUUCACAUAGCUGCAAUGGAAUCCUACGCUGGAUUUGUGAAUUAUUUCACGGUCAUGGCUCAGCAGGGCUUCCUCCCAGCGACUUGCAUGGGACUUCGUGCUGCAUGGGAGGACAAAACUGUUCAGGAGUUGGAGGACAGUUACGGGCAGGAAUGGACAUUCCAACAACGUCUCCAGCAGGAGUGGUACUGCUACAGCGCCUUCUUUAUCAGUAUUGUCAUCUGCCAAAUGGUGAACACAGUCAUUCACAAAACGAGGAGGAACUCCAUCUUGACUCGAAAUUUCUUCAGAAAUAAGGUUAUUUUCAUUGGGUUGUUGUCCCAAAUCCUUAUCGGCGUUUUCCUGUGUUAUUGCCCAGGAAUGGAUGAAGCUCUACACUUUAUGCCUAUUCGAGUCCAGUACUGGUUUGUGAGUAUCGAGUACACAAUCCUCAUUCUUGUUUAUGAUGAAGUCAGAAAACUCAUCAUUCGAACAUUUCCAGGCAGUUGGGUGGAUAAAGAGAUUAAUUACUAAAGGAUCUAAAGGUAAAUACCUACUGAAGAGACCCCACUCAUGGAGGAUCCCACCCAUUCAUCCCUCAUGUGUCCUUCCUCUAUGUAACAUAUGUAUAUAUGUAUAAAAAAAAAAGUAUAAAAUGCUUUGUAAAUAUAUAUUUUUUAAUAAUAAAAAAACUUUUUCCCCCUUACUUUAAAUCAUUCUGUGAAUGAACACUGAGCCAAGUAUAAGUUAAAAAGACAACAAUUCUUUAUAGUUUUACCCUAUAAAUGUGAUAAUGUGUAAUUUAUAGAAAUAGACACAAUGAUCGGCGCCCGUCCCAACAAAAUGCAUCUUUCUCACCCCAAUCUCUUACUCUCUGAAGAUGUAAAAAAAAAGGUUU